AUCUAACACUACACGGAUUUCUAUAUAUAAGCUUAUAAUCACAUCUACGUAAUUAUUAACCCUUCAACUAUUCUUAUUCUUAACUUCAAAGUUUCUCGCAUUUCUUUGUUCUUUUUUUCCUUUAUCUUACAUAGUCAUGAGUUUCUUUGAUCUAAACCAACCCGAAAACGACUUCACCUUAGACCUCUUGCAUGAUUCUUCACUUUCUUCUUCUUCUUCUUCAUCAAGCAACACCGAACAACGAGUUUUCGCAUGCAACUAUUGCAGAAGAAAAUUCUAUAGUUCACAAGCACUUGGAGGCCACCAAAAUGCUCACAAGCUCGAAAGAACAUUGGCUAAGAAAAGCCGAUAUUUAAAUCAAGGAGUUAAACUAAUUUGGAACCAGACAUCAAGGUCUAGUUCCAACGGUUCGAGCCACGUUGGUUGGGUGCAGCCAGCGUUCAUGACGGGCAUGGAAAGUCACGGACACGUUGAGAGCAGAGCAAUGGAUCAUUGUUACAAGGGUGAGAGCGUUCAAGAAGAUUUUAAUCAGCUUGACUUGUCUCUUAGACUUUGAUAUAUAAAAAUGAGUUUCUUUUUAUGAUUAAUUAAUCAUCCAUCUAUGAAUCAACAAAAGAAUUAUAGUGCUUCUAGACUUUAA